AUGUUACAACUCACCCCCACUCACUGCGUGCAACGUCCUCGUUGCGCACCUAAAUCGUCACCUGACGGUGUGAGUCAAGGCCACUUCAACUUGACUCCACACUCUCGUCUGGUUUUAGCUCUGAUACCAAAUUAUAACGCCCUGUCCGCCCUUCCCGGUGAGUCACCCAUGCCCUCUCUGGACGCGCAAGCCCCUCUCGGCCCGUUGGCUUCACCCCUGUCCGGCGGCCGGUCCUGUUAUAUUCGAGAUACUCUAAUGACUUGUUUACUAGCCCUGCUAGGGGUGGGACUUUUAACCUAUACCCGAAAACCCGAAUCGUACCGACCCGAAAUACCCGGACCCGUUUGA